AGUCGGCAACCGUAUGCCAAUGAGUGAACUUCAUAACGACGGGUGAAAAGAAACGUAUUUAAUGCGCGCGCGCACUCGUAAUUAAAAAACAAAUUAUACAAAAACAACAAUUAAUAAUGAGAAAAAACAAAUAAAAAAAUUAAACGUGUGUGUGUUUUUUUAUUUAUGAAAUUGUUGAAACAACAACAAAAUUUUUUUAUAUUUUAAAAGAAAAGAGAGCAAAAUAAACAAAAAUUAAAGAAAAUCAAACGAAAUAACGAGCGACUUAUGGAAAAAGUAAAGAAUAACAAAAUUGUUAAUGUAAAUAAUUUAAAUUAAGAAAAUAUUUAGUAAUAAUUACAAUAUUUCGAAUAUAUUUUAAAAAUAAGAAUUUAAAAUUAAAAAUAUUUUUUUAAAAAAAAGUUUAAAAAACGUGUGUUGGCAAUACAAGUGUUUUUUUUAUGAUUAUUUUUUUACGCUGGUGAUGUUAAACAAUAAAACAAAAUUUAGAGUGUUUUUUUUUUUUUGAAGAGAAUGAAAGAAUUGAAAAAAAUAAAGCGUAACUAAUUAAUAACAAAAUAAAUAUUUUCAAAACAAAAAAAAUUUUGAGUAAUUUUUUGAUGUGUUUUUCUUACAAGUGGCUUUAUAUUAAAAAAAAAAUAAAAAAUCAUAAUUUUAAAAACAACUUAAAUUUCUAAACAAAAAAUAUAAAAGCAAGAAUACUCCCUAAGUGUUGCUAUUAAAACAUACAUAUACAAGUGGUUUUUUGGAUUACGAAAAAAGCCAUAAAUUUAAAAAUUAAAAAUUCUAUAAAUUUUUUUAUUAAACACAAAAAUUACCUAAAAAUAAAUUUCAAUUAAGGAAAUUUAUAACAAAAAAUAUUUUAAAUAACAAAACAAAUUUUUUUUUUGUUUAUUUACGGAAAUUUAAAACAAAAGUGUGCUAAAAAUACAGGAAAACAAAAUUAAAAAAAAAAAAAAAACAAAAUUGUGUUAAAUUUACAACUAAAACAACUAUUUAAAAGAAAAAAUUAAACAAGAAAAAAUCUUUUACAUUUAAUUCUUUAAAAGAAAAAAAAUUUUGGUUAAAAAAGCACGUUGUGGUUUUAAAACAAUUUAAUAAUUCUGCCACAUUUUUCAUUCAUUCAUUUAAAUAUUAUUUAUUAAUUGUGUGUGUGUUGUGAUUUUAAUAAAAAAUAUUUUUUUUUUUUAUAAAAAAAGAAAAAAAAAACGAUUUUUUGUUGUGCCUUAAUUUGAAUAAUAUUUGUUGAAAUAAAAAAAAACCUGUUAAAAGUUUUAAAUUCUUUUAAGAAAAGAAGUCAAUUUGGUGGUAAAUAAGUUGUAAUAAAACGAAGUGUGGUGUUCUUCUCAACAUUCCAGCUUUUUCGAUCUAUUGGAUUACUUUAAAUAGUUGUUUGGAAACUUUUACAAGUUUUGGUGUUACUACUGUUCUAUAAAAUUAAGGUUUUCCACAAACCAGCUAUAAACCACAGCUAGUGUUCUAAAACCGUCUUAUUUGUUGACCGUUUUUAGUUUACAUCAAAGGAGAGAUUGAAUCACACUCCAUGGCUAUACGACAAUGUCCAAUGCUCGUGAAUUGGCAUUGUUAGAGAAAUGGUCGUCUGAUGGUGCUACAAUUAUACCACCCCUUUCAUCGCCCACCUCUCCCAAAGCAACAAAAUUCUGUUGUUGUCCCAAUCGACGUCGCUACAACAUCAAACAACCCAAAUUAACCACCACACUACACGUUCGCAAUAUUUUCGUCGACAACGAUUUCAACUUUAUCGAUGAUCCCACACUUAACGAAGACGACGACAACGACGGCGACGAAAGUGCAUUAGAAAAUACAAAAAACUAUAAAAGAGCUGAAAGUUGGCCCAGUGCUAAACGAUCACACAAAUACAAUUUGAAUCAUCCAACCCAACUGAUCGAAGCUGAAGUUCACAAAGAGAAUUUACAGCAGCAUAAUGUGGCCGAAUGUGAGAAUGAUUAUGAUGAUGUUGUGGAGGAAAUUGUAAAUAAAAUUAAAAAUAUUGAAUGCAGCAGCAGCAGUAGCAAAGUUAAGGCAAAAGAAAACGAUCUAGAAGUUAACAAGGAAAAAGAAAGAGAAAUAGAAGUAAAGGGUGAGGAAGUUACAGAAGAACAAUGGCGGCAUAAUAAAAGCUGUCAUAAUAAUCGAAACAAUUGUUUAACGAAUGAACACGAACGAAAGUUUAGCAGCAGCAGCAACAGCAACAGAUGUUCUCCAGAAAUCACCCACAAAGAACAACAACAAAAACUGCAGCCGAAGCAACAGCAACAAGAGGAAGUUUAUCGAAAAUCAACUGUCAAAAAGCCUUUAAAACAAAGUGGCAAUGAAGACAGCAGUAAUGCAACAACAACAACACACACAAAUCGAAGACAACAACAAACGACAACAACAACUGACACUGAAAGCAGAAAAGAGUGUGAGAACUUUAAGACAAAUACGAACUUAGACAACACUUUUACAGCAACUAAUGAACAAAUCAUAUCAAACACACCAACAGCAACAUCACCAUUAAUCCAAAGACUUAGUGAAAUAAGUGAAUCAAAAACUAGUUUAAGUAAAACGACUUUUAGCAAUAAAACUUCAAAUCCAAUAAAUAAUAACAAACAUCAUCAGCAGCAGCAGCAGCAGCAACAUUGUAACAAUUGUCAAUUUUGUUUCAAUCAAAAUUGCCGUAACUUCACACAAUUACAACAAAGUUUGCAACAAACUAACAACGAAAAUUGCCACAAUUCGAAUUGUGUGAAAAGCUACAAUAAAAUGACAAUUACUAGCCAAACGAAUGUGGCAAAUCAUCGUAAUAAACGUAGCAAUAAUAUUGCUAGUGAAUGUGAUAGUAUAACAUUGCCACAGCUACAACAGCAACAGCAAGCCUGUAAUACCGCAACAGCAACAUUACCUUGUUUAUUAAUAAAUUCAACUAAAAUGCCAGCAACAAAAACACCAACUUCUCCCAUACCACGUUCUAAUACUAACAACACUCCUUCAUCACCUCUAACAACAACUGUGAUUAAAACUACAAUGGUGAAACGUAGUCCUGCUAAUGAGUCGACAACAGCAACAGCAACAUCACCAGCAACGACACCAACAUCCGCCUCAUUAACUUUAGAAAAAUCUUUAGCCUUCACAAAUAAUGUCCACGAAAUGGCUAAAGAGAAUAAACCUGCGAAUAACAAGUGUUUGACAGUUUCAGCAGCAACAGCAACACCAUGUAGUGCUACGGCCUUAACAGCAGCAGCAUCAGUAACGACAACAUCUGCUCCUUUAAGUGUUAAAGAACGUAUUGCUGCUUUAGUAGCUGGAAAUGAACAAAUACACAAACAACAUGACAAUUUUAAUAAACAUAAAAACCAGUGCAAUAAACCUAUGAAAUUAUUAACACAAAACAUGACAUGUCAACAGCCUAUAAUUAUCAAUAAUUCUAGCAACAUGUGUCAAAAAUUAGCUGCUUCAAAAGAACAGACUUUAUUUUCGAACGAUGAAAUUGAUGGCAGACAACAAACCUCAGUUGAAUUAAAAGAUGGCACAAAUGACAAUUUAAACCACAAAUCAUCAUCAUCAACAGCAAGAGCAGCAUCAUUAUCAACGACAACGUCAUCCUCUAUGUCUGCAACAUCAUUAUUAAAAUCCUCUAAACCUGGUUCAGCUGCCACUAUACCACGUUGCAGUCAAAGUCUUACAAAUCAUAAUGCUGCCAAUAAAUACGGAAGCAAUAAAGAGACACCAGCAACAGCAACAUCAUCAUCUUCUUCAUUGGAAACAGCAACAAAUACCAUGACACUUGAUAAGCAACAAAAUAUCUUAAGUAAUAAUGUCUUGUCUAAAACAGCUGCAACACAACCAUCAUCAUCAUUGUGUACGUCAACGUUGUCUUCUGCUUAUAAGCAGCCAAAUGACACAUCAAUUGAUAAAAGUAACCACGUUUUAACAGCAACAGGGUUAGCAAAAGCAGCUCGUGGUUGUGAUACCAGCCGUAACAAAUUAGCUGCUUUGGAUAAUUUGGAUUUAGCGCUUAAUUUGUCUAAUUUACCAUUGGAAGGUGAUGAAGAUGAGGAUCCAUAUUUUGAAUUGCAAGAAUAUUUGGAACGUGUUAAGCACGAAAUCAAUGAAGUUUUCGAAUUACAUAAGGCGCGACAAAAACAGCAACUGCAAUCACCCCAAAUGCUAGAAGGGAAUGGUGAACAAAGACACCAGCAACAGUUGACUGUCGAUAGUGUUAGAAAUACAUUGGACAAUCAAAUUGUAGACACAAUAAAAGCAGCUGUCUCAAAUGAUGAAUUAUCUCGGUCUACAGAAUCUGAUAGUGGCUUUGACAGUGCCAGUUGUAGUGGUUGUACAGCAGCCUUAAACUCGACUACUACGACCAGUGCCACAAACAGUGGCAGCAACAAAUUACCCUCUAGAGCUAAAAUGACAACUAUAGAAAAUGAAAAUGGCAAUAACAAUGAUAAACAACAACAGCAGCAGACAGCAGUAGCAAAUAAAAGUAAAAAUAAUCAAAAGAAGCCGACAAAUACAUCGUUGAUCUGUUUGCAACAAGAAAACAAACAACAACAACAACAACGGCAACAAGAUGAUUCAACAACGUCAUCGUCAUUACCAUUAUCAUCAAGUCUGACAGAAGAUGCAGAAGUAGAGGCAUCUUCUGUGUCAUCAACUGCAGCAGCAUCUUCGUCAACACUUAAGCGCCUUCGUAAACAAUUGCAAAUGAAAUCAGCUGCAGAAGCUGCCACCGAUGAUGUAAAUAUGUGGGCAAACAAAUUCUUGCGAGAUUUGGACAACUUAAUAGCAUCUGAUAAACCAACAACAUCUUCAUCGGGCUCUUCAUCACCAACAGCAAACGUUGUCUACUGCUCAUCACCAUCGCCGUCAUCAUCGUCCACAACAACAUCACCAAUGUUAUUGUCCGCUGCUGCCUCAGCCGUUAUCCAAAGUCGUUAUGGCAAGGGAGCCCAUGAUCGUAGUAUCAACAGCAACAAUAAUAGUGGUACUGGUGGUGGUACCAACUAUGAUCACAAUACUACUGCCUCAUCGCCAACAUCAUCCACAUCAUCGUCAUCUUCAUCAACUGCAAAUGGUAUAGUUUUGCGACCAGAAAAACAUGCAACUAUACCAUUACAAUCAUUUAACCUUGAUUGCGGACGUUUAGAUAAUACAAGUGGUACGGCGGCAACAACAAGUUCAGGUGGCAAUGUGACUAAAACGAAUGUUGCCUACCUGAGAACAUUAUCGGCACCGACACCAUCGCCUUCGCAUAAUAUUUACCAACAACUACAUCAUAAUCAUGGCAAUAAGGCAACAUGUGGCAGUAAUACAAGUGCAACGUCGCAUAGUAAAAGGCAACAACGUAAUAGUUUAGCAGGAGGCAGUAUAUUUAAUGCUACAUUUGAUCAGCAGCAACAACAACAACAACAACAACUGCUGCAACAGAAUCUGACAAAUUUCCAAAGCAAUGAAGCCGCUUUAAAUGCUUUAACUGCUGCCUCCUGCUCGAUGUCGAAAACAACUAAUGACACUAAGUCAACGAUGUCAACUAAAAUAACUCCAACAACCAUAUUAAAAAUUGAGGAGACAUUGCCAUCAGCUUCAUUGGCCAAUGGUGCUUUAAAAGAAGCCUCUACGUCCUCAACAACAGAUUUAGAAACUUUACAACAGAAACGUUUACGUCAAUUGAAUAUUGAAAUGGAUAAUAUACGCAAUACUUCCAUAGAUCAAAGCCAACAAUUGUCAGCCUUAAUGCAACAAAAUCACUAUUGCAACUAUAGCGGCAACAAUAGUAACAGCAGCAGCAGCAGCAAUUUGAACAAUAAUAAUAAACAUAAAAAUCUUAUGACAACAUCGUCAUCCUCAUCAUCAUCUGCCAUGACGGCGGCAAUACCAAAAAAACUUUCCGUUUCCACCAACUCCCCCUGUAUAGCGGCUGGUGGUGUGAUGACCUGUGUUGCUGGUAAACAAGUUAACUCUAGCCCGUUAACACAGCAACAACAACAAACACAAACACAACAGCAUAAUGCAACAAGUUAUCAUCAUCUAUUACAUGGCAGUGAUGCUACCAAAAAAGGUUCAACCUCUACUAUCUGGACAUCGGAGGAAUCGAUAUUAAGGAGUGUUGGCGCCGUCGAUGAAGACAAUAACUCCACUUCAUCCUCGGCUUGUGAAGAAGCAUCUGGUGUUUUAAGUUCUGGUAAAUCUGGUAUAUCACUAGAUAGUUCGGGUAUGGAAAAUGAUAAUAAUGAGAGUGGUAUUGGUACAGCUACACCACCCAAAGAUAUCUCCUAUUGGAGAGGUAUGCCACAUCGUCAUCACCACCAUCAUCAUCACCACAAUCAACAGGACAAUGAAUCCAUAACCAGUUUAGAUGUUUUAAGGAAAAUGAAAUUCCAAAAAGGAAGUUCAGUUACCUCUUCCGAUGAUCCUGAUCUUCUUGAGGUAUUAAGUUUAUGUGAUGAGACUCAUGACGAAGAUGAUGAUGAUGAGGUGGGAGAGACAGACACUAAAUCUCUUAAGGAAGUUAACGAGGAAGAUAUGGAUGAUUACGAUAUGGUUGAUGAAGAUGAUGAGGGUCAUGAUGAUUUUGAGGUGGUUACAUAUUGUGAUUGUGAUUACACCGAAGAUGGUGAUAAUAGCAGUGCUAGUGCUGGCAGCAACAGUACUAGAACCAAUAGUUCCCUUAACAAUGGCUCUCAAAGUGAUACCAGUGGUGUGGUUUUAAGACGCAAAUAUGCUGCUUCCCCCAUAAUGGUACCAUAUCCCACACAAACUUUACACGGUUCCCCACAUAACAGUAGAGCACAAAAAUGUCGCAGUCACUCGUUAGACACCUCAUCGUUACCCAAUUCUUACAAUCAUCAUCAUACGGCCACCCAGCAAACACAAUUUCAUGCUCAUCACCAGUCGCAAGCCCAGCUGGCACGUAAACUACAACAUUUAAGAGAUCGUCACAAGGAUCGUAAUCAACUUUCGUUGGCUUUGCGCCAAGAACCCUUUCAGUCACUGUUGGCGCCUACACAUUUCCAUGAAUUACCUUCGCCUAGCAGUGCCUCGCUGCAUAGUGGUCAUGAAAUUUUAGAUACCCAAGAGCUCUCAACGAAAUCAAAUUCGGCGCCUUUGUUAUUGAAACAAGAGAAACGUCGUGAUGACUUUGCCAACCAGAAUGUGACCCUUCGCUAUUCACGUUCUCAAAGUGAUCGCUAUUUAGCAGAAAUUGAAGCCGUUGAAGCGUGUAAAUGGCUUAGAGCUGCAGGCUUUCCACAAUAUGCACAAAUGUAUGAAGGUAAGUUGAUACAAAUAAAUUUUUUGUUAAGAAAUAUUAUAAAACAAGUAGCAAAAUGAUCUGUAAUUUUGGAU